AUGAUGGCGGCAGCUCCCAUCCAGCAGAACGGGACCCACACCGGGGUUCCCAUAGACCUGGACCCGCCGGAUUCCCGGAAAAGACCGCUUGAAGCCCCCCCUGAAGCCGGCAGCACCAAGAGGACCAACACGGGCGAGGAUGGCCAGUAUUUUCUAAAGGUCCUCAUACCUAGUUAUGCUGCUGGAUCUAUAAUUGGGAAGGGAGGACAGACAAUUGUUCAGUUGCAGAAAGAGACUGGGGCCACCAUCAAGCUGUCUAAAUCCAAAGAUUUUUACCCAGGUACUACAGAGCGGGUGUGUCUGAUCCAGGGAACAGUUGAAGCACUAAAUGCCGUUCAUGGCUUCAUUGCAGAGAAGAUUCGAGAAAUGCCUCAAAAUGUGGCCAAGACAGAGCCUGUCAGCAUUCUACAGCCUCAGACCACUGUUAAUCCAGACCGCAUCAAACAAACAUUGCCAUCUUCCCCAACUACCACCAAGUCCUCUCCAUCUGAUCCCAUGACCACCUCCAGAGCCAAUCAGGUAAAGAUUAUAGUUCCCAACAGCACAGCAGGUCUGAUAAUAGGGAAGGGAGGUGCUACAGUGAAGGCUAUAAUGGAGCAGUCAGGGGCUUGGGUGCAGCUUUCCCAGAAACCUGAUGGGAUCAACUUGCAAGAGAGGGUUGUCACUGUGAGUGGAGAACCUGAACAAAACCGAAAAGCUGUUGAACUUAUCAUCCAGAAGAUACAAGAGGAUCCGCAGAGUGGCAGCUGUCUCAAUAUCAGUUAUGCCAAUGUCACAGGUCCAGUGGCCAAUUCCAAUCCAACCGGAUCUCCUUAUGCAAACACUGCUGAAGUGUUACCAACUGCUGCAGCUGCUGCAGGGCUAUUAGGACAUGCUAACCUUGCUGGAGUGGCAGCCUUUCCAGCAGUUUUAUCUGGCUUUACAGGCAAUGACCUGGUGGCCAUCACCUCUGCACUUAAUACAUUAGCCAGCUAUGGAUAUAAUCUCAAUACAUUAGGUUUAGGCCUAAGUCAGGCAGCAGCUACAGGGGCUUUGGCUGCAGCAGCUGCCAGUGCCAACCCAGCAGCAGCAGCAGCCAAUUUGUUGGCCACCUAUGCGAGUGAAGCCUCAGCCAGUGGCAGCACUGCUGGUGGUACGGCGGGGACAUUUGCAUUAGGUAGCCUGGCUGCUGCUACUGCUGCAACCAAUGGAUAUUUUGGAGCUGCUUCUCCCCUAGCUGCCAGUGCCAUCCUAGGAACAGAAAAAUCCACAGAUGGAUCAAAGGAUGUAGUUGAAAUAGCAGUGCCAGAAAACUUAGUUGGUGCAAUACUUGGAAAAGGAGGGAAAACAUUAGUUGAAUACCAGGAGUUGACUGGUGCAAGGAUACAGAUCUCUAAAAAGGGAGAAUUCGUACCUGGCACAAGAAAUCGCAAGGUAACAAUUACUGGAACACCAGCUGCAACCCAGGCCGCACAGUAUUUAAUUACACAACGGAUCACAUAUGAGCAAGGAGUUCGGGCUGCCAAUCCACAGAAAGUGGGUUGAGAGCCCCUGUUAAACAUGAGAUUGUUUUAACCCCUCCUUACCCUAUUUUCAAGAAGGAUGUACUGUACUUUGCAGAAGUGAAGUUUUUCUGUUAUUAAUAUAUAAUUAUGCAAAUGAAUGCGACUAUGUUGACAAUGUGUAUAUGUAAAUAUAAUGUGUUUUACCAGAUGUUUCAUAGAGAGAAUUUUUUCUUGAUCUGUUUUGUUCUCUAUACUUUGCUUGUGUAUAUUUGUCAGAGGUGUUUCUAGUGUAAGAUUUAAGCCUGCCAUUUUACCAGCAUUAUUGUAGUUUAAUGAUUGAAUGUAGACAGGGAUAUGCGUAUAGUUUUCAGUAUUAGUUCUAGAUAACACUAAAUUAACUACUGUUAGGUUGGGUAUGGUGGGGUCAGUGACCUAAAACGGAGUGAGGCCAAAGCACUGUCAUGUCAGUCUUACUUCCUGCUUAGGGCACAGUGAAGUAGGAAACAAUAUUUUGAAAAUAAGUUUUAAAAUUUAAAAUGAUCAAAAAGCAAUAUAGUUGCAUAAAAGCACUGUAAAAUAUUUAAAAAGGUUAAAACUGUGGAAAAUUAUAUUGGUAAGUUUACAGAUCAAUAAAAGCACCUGUUCUCCAUCUGAACUAGACAAUGGAAAUAAUGCUGCAUGCUGGCCAUGGCCCAUUCUUCACCAUUUGUAAGUUCAACAAAAAAGUUCUCACAUGGAGUCCCACCUCUAACUGAGGUUUGUACAUUUGUUUUUAAGCACUGAAAUCACUACUGAUCCCAUCGCCUGGCCAGUAGAACAGUCA